AUGAUUAACAUUGCAAAACGAUCAGUGGUUUCUUUGCGAUUCUACUCUGCGGCCGCUUCAAGUUUGUCGGGUGAUCUUAGAAGUAAAAUUGAUAAGAUGGUGAAGUCAGGUGAUGUUGUGGUAUUCAUGAAAGGAACGCAAGAUGAACCGUUGUGCGGGUUUUCGCGGAAUGUAAAGCUGGUUUUGGACUACCACGAUGUGAAAUUCAAGGAUUACAACGUAUUGAGCGACCCUGAACUAAGAGAAGGGAUAAAGACUUAUAGUGACUGGCCCACUAUACCACAAGUGUACAUUAAAGGAGAGUUUGUUGGAGGAUGCGACAUAUUAGUACAGAUGCACAAGGAUGGAGAAAUCUCAGACUUUUUCGACUCAAAAGGUGUAGCGAACAAAUACGGAGAGAAGAAAGACUAA